UAGCCUACUCAAAUCUCAAGUGGCAUGGAUUUGCUGCAACUGUGAGCGGCGAGUCUGACGAGGUGUAAGCCGACCAUUCCGGUUGGUUCACACAAUCCGGGGGUACUAUCUAAUUUGGGCUGUGGCAGCACGCUUUUUGGUUCCCGACGACUCUGACGUAAGACAACAUAAAUCAAGCAUUUCUGGCUUAGGCGGAGCCUUGACAAGUGAUGUCGGAUAGUUUGGAUGUAACGCGACCCCAAAUAUUAUUCAUUGUUUUGUGAGAGGCGUACCUCGUCUUGUAAACGCCAAUACCCUUCCUGAUUCGCAUCCAUAGUGACAGACACUGCCUCUAUGUAUUUAGCUCCUAAAACCCUUCAAUCGAGAGAGCAGAGAUACGCUGGGCCCUUGUGGAGACAUCGAUUUCCACUUUCGCACAUACCGCCAGGGCUGUAUAUAAUCCCCAGGAGCAUUUACUCGUCCCGCAUUGCCCGCUGGGACUCGAAGGUCUUAUGUUCAUCGCCACCCGUAGUAGAACCCCUUCCGUACCACUGGGGGCGUCUUCGAUCCUCUCUAUUUCUAUGGCUCCUUAGCUCUUCCUCGGCCAUAACACCCCAACUGCCUUAUCAUAGGGUCCCUAUACAUGAAGAGGCAGAAACUACCAAGGCAGACUGUGAAAGUUCCAACAACAUUGCCACAACGGUUGAGAGUUGUACCUGGCCUUCUAUCUGCUGAGUGGUUUAUCAUUGAAUAGCUUCAGCAGUAUCAAAGUGAUGGUA